AUCGCCGUUCAUGGAGGCGCUGGGCAUCUUGGUCGUUCUCAAGCUGCCGAAAUAAAACUCGCCCUGAAAAGGGCAUGCAGUGUCUCGAUACAAUCCAUGAUGUCCGGAGAAUGUGACGGCAUAGCUGCCGUGUCACUCGGUAUCAGUGUGAUGGAAGACGAUGGCAGCCUCAAUGCAGGCUAUGGCUCUAAUCUAAAUAUCGAAGGAAACGUGGAAUGUGACGCUUCCAUCUAUGCGGGGGCUGAUGGAGCAUUUGGUGCAGUGGCAGCCGUUUCAGGAAUUAAGAACCCAAUCAAAGUUGCACAAAAAAUCUUAGAGCAAUCGCGAAUCCCAUCCCCAAUGGGAAUGAUACGACCUUUGAUGCUCGCCUCCCAAGGCGCCGUUUCAUUUGCGCAGAAGACCGAUAUUCGAACUGUCUCUCCCGAAGAACUCAUCACCCCUCGAGCAACUCAAAAUUGGAAGACAUGGAAGUGGCGCAUGGAAGAACAAAGACAUGAGAUGGGAGUACCAGAGCACGACGUACAAGAUACAGUAGGUGCUGUAGCACUGGAUAGCAAAGGGAGGCUAGCAGCUGGUGUGUCAAGUGGUGGGAUUCUACUAAAGCAGCCAGGUCGCAUUGGCGAGGAAAAUUCCCAUCCAUUCGCUGCGGUGUACGGUGCGGGCUGUUGGGCAUGGUCCCCCGAUGGAUCACCUAAUGGUGUUGCUUCUAGUGUCUCAGGACAAGGAGAGGCUAUCAUAAGGCUAUCCCUAGCGCGAAGACUUGGCGAGAUGGCUUCAACUCGCCUCGAUGAAAUAGAUGAGAUAAUUAAGGAAAUAUUUGAGCAGCCUCGCAAUGAUAAUCCCUUAGAAGCUGGGACGCUACUCCUAGUUAAGGAAGCGCAAGAUGACGGAACUUUCAAAACACGUUUAUGGUGCGCAUUCACAACAGCAAGCAUGGCAAUAGCGUUUGCGACGUCUGAGAGACCUCAACCUCAGGUACGAUGCCGAAUUAUAACCAUUUGGUCUGAAGAACUGAACAAAAGUAGAGUGUGA